AUGGUUUACCAGAAGAUUAAGAUGGUACAUGUUUUCAUUAUUAUUCUUGUGGUUUCUUGCUUAUGUUUGAUCAUAUCUAAGAUGAGUUCAACAGAAAUCUGCGUUUUUUGCAUAAGAAAAGAAGGCCCAAUAGUUGUCAAGAAAUAUGGUGGGAACUUUAUUCAGCUCCCAGAUAUAGACUGCAGAAAGAAUCCUCCAUUUUUGGUUGUGAUGGUGACUUCAUCCCACAAUCAGAUUGAAGCACGGAUGGUGAUCCGUGAGACCUGGGGAAGAGAAAGAAUUGUACAAGGUAAACGUAUAUUAACAUACUUUCUGCUAGGAAUCACAAAUUCAAAGGAUGAUGAUGUGGUGACACAAGAAAGCCAGAAAUACAGAGAUGUUAUCCAGAAAGACUUUUUAGAUGUGUAUUUUAAUUUGACUCUUAAAACAAUGAUGGGCAUAGAAUGGGUUCACCAUUUUUGCCCUCAAUCUGACUUUGUGAUGAAGACUGAUUCUGACAUGUUUGUAAAUGUCUACUAUCUAACUGAACUCCUUAUAAGGAAAAACAGAACAACUAGGUUUUUUACUGGUUUUUUAAAGAUGAAUGAAUUUCCAAUUAGAAAAAUAUUUAAUAAGUGGUAUGUAAGUUACCAUGAAUAUCCAGGGGAAAAAUAUCCACCUUUUUGUUCUGGAACGGGUUAUGUUUUUUCUAGUGACAUUGCAAGUGAGGUUUAUAACGUUGCAGAAAAAGUUCCAUUUAUUAAACUGGAGGAUGUUUUCAUGGGACUCUGCCUUGCAGAACUAAAAAUUGAACCAGAAGAACUACACUCAGAACAGACAUUUUUCCCAAAUGGGCUUAAGUUUUCUGCCUGUCGCUUUAAGAAAAUUGUGACCUGCCAUUUUGUCAAGCCAAAAAAUCUGCUGGUAUACUGGACAGCUUUGGAGAGGUCCUUAAAUAAAAAGUGUCCAGCUGUUUGAAAUGAUAAUAGUGACACUCCAGGACAAAUAUUAGACACUCUGCAGUGACACUUUAGAAGGAGAAGCACAUUUUUGAAUAGCAUUGGUGAGAAUCACAACCUAUCAGCAUUAGGGAGGGAGAGGAGGACAGAGCCAUGUUCCUCAGUGUUCUGAACACAAGACUGAAAUUUAAAAACCUAAAUUGUAAUCCUGAAAUGAUUUAUUCAUUCCAAUUUUGAGCCCCCUCAAAAUGAAAAUAAGCAAGUAACAGCUCAUUCUCCCUACCUCCAGCCCAUCCUAGCAUCCUUUGAUGUUUAUGCUAUAUCUAAUUAACAAAGACAUCACCAAUACAUAUGUCCCCAACUCCCUGGCUUCAUUAAGACCUGUCUAAACGAGCAAAGAAGCCUGCUGUUCUCUGCUUAGUAAUUGGUGCUUCAUUGAGAUGAAUCAUUAUAUUUCAUUUCAGCUCUAGACAACAUCCAGUUUUAAAUUGGAGCUAGCCCUUAUUUGGAUCUUAUAUUUAAAGCCCCAAAUGAUAAAAUACUGAGUAUGUAGACCACUCCGCUGCAAUACUGACUCUCAUUAUAGCUUGAGUUUGUCUCUGAGCCAUUCUGCCAUGGAAAUUCAAUUCUAUAUAUCAUUGAUUGUUCAUUUAGCACCAAAGAACCACUGUUGGGAAUACAAGGGCUCAGGUACUCAUCCUUCCCUGUAUCCAGCUAUGUGAACCUGUUUAGUGGUGGAGCCUUCCUCUAAGUAAGAGGGUCAGAAUCCCCAUUGCCACACUCAAUUGCUUGCUAAAAGCUUCCACCCUGUCAUCUAGGUGAUGAUACUAAUUUUAGUGAAAGUCUUGAGUUGUAUUUGGAUCUUUUCAUUCAGGGAUGGGGCAGAUAGUUUUUUUCUACACAGUUAAGAAUGCUAAGCAUGAAAGUAAAUUAAUGCAUGCAUUAACAGAAUGAUUAGACAGAAUUUAGUAACUUAACUAAGAAGUAUUGGUAUAUUCAUUUGGGAGGCCAAUAUUAUGACACACCAGAACUUAAAGCAGUUGCACAUUUCUGAUAAUUUCACCUCGGCACAUCCUUUGCCGUGAGCUACUGCUGCUCUGGGGACACUGAAGCUCCUUUUCCUUCUCAAGACCUUUGGAUCUUUUGAAAUUUAUAAAGUUCCAGUCCUGGACAUAGUCAUCAUGGGAUAGUCCUUCAUCUAAGAUGAGGAAGAAAUAAAUACAAAAGAAUGUGUUGUGCUUGGGGUUGCAAGGAGGUUAGAUGGGAGAUAGGACUCCUGGCUCUUAGGAUGCAGCUCUAGGUGCUCUUCACACUUCAUAGCUAGAAAGAAAGAGGAAAUCAAAGGUCCAAGUAGCUUGCUUUUUUCUGUCCCAAGUCAUUGGUUCUCCUGACUCAGGGGCCAAUUUAGGAGAUUAUAAUCAUAUAGUGCAAACGUACAUGAUAUGAAGUAUGCCCCACUUAAGUUUCUGUGUGGUGAGCUGGAGCCAGUAGAGAACACCUGCUUGUGCAGGCUCCAAGGAAUGGCUUCUUUUGGCCAGUUUACCCAUGUUAUGUUUAGGUAGAAUGAGAUGAGCUAUAGCAUUUCUAAAAUUUUCUCACUUAAAGGAACUUAGAUAAAAAUAUUAGGGUAUAAGCACAUUCAUUGCAGGAUUCUUAAUGCAUGAGUUAAGUUUUUGCAAAGUUAAUAUUCCUUCAUUGAACAUCUACUAUGUGCCAAUCACUAAAGAGUUUUAGAGACAGCUUUUGGGGCUGGUCUAGCCAGAUAGUUAAGAAACUCCUGAACUUUGAGUUUUUGAGUUUUCUCUGUCAUUUUUUUGGAAUGGAGGCCUGAAUGUACCUUUUUCUCAGGGAUAUGGUGAAAAUGAGGUAACUUUUUUGCAAAGGGCCUCAAGCUUUUUGGAAACAUGCCUUAUAUAAUGCAGAUUAGUAGUUUGUUAUUAUUACUUAUUAUUAUUUCACCAGACUUUAAUGGGUAACUAUGAUAAAGCAUCUCAGGUGUAGAGUACUAAAUAGUACUGUUCCUAUGAAUACGUCUGAAAUGAAAUGAAAGUCUUUUUCCUGAACUUGAGAUGCUCUUAUAUUUGAUGCAAAUAGUUAUGACAGUUACAAUGAAAGUUUCAACAGUUCCAUUUUACAAAGCUAAUAUGUUUCUUUGAAUAGACUUUUUAAACUUUAUUUCUUUGUUUUGAAGUUGCAGUGUACAUUUUAUUCAAUUAAAUAAAUGUUUAUUGUGUCUGUUAUGUGGAAGGCAUUACAUUUGAGGAGUUUACAAUAAAAUGCGGGGAGGAGAAAUAAGCCAUGAACACAGAUAAUUAUAAUAGAAGAUAGAAUACAAUGUAUGAGAAAGGAGAGGUCAACACAAAUUUCAAAGACAAAUUCGAGGAGGUAGAGAUCACUUUUGACUGGGUGGUGGGUAGAGAAAUCUUCAUGUUG